GUAGACCGAUUGGGUUCUCUAAGACUCCGGGAGCAGGUGCAAAAAGAGCUUGCAGUGGUGCCCUUGGCCGCUGCCUGCCCCUCCGCCCCUCUCCUGCCGGCGCCAGUCCUCCCAUUUGAGGGGUCCUGUGGCGUUAAAGUCCAGACUGUGGGACCGCGAGGCUGCCCGUUGCCCCGGGAGACGGACGCACUAGAGGGCGCGCGCCGCAAGCCUGGACCCGCCAGUGUCCCCUGCCUUAGCUGUGAUCUCGCUUCUCCUCCGCCACAGCCACCAUGCACUCGCGUCGCAGCAUCAGAAAGCUGGAGAAGGAGCGGGGACAGGAGGACGAGGAGGAAGACGAAGUGGAGAUGGAGGAGGAAGUGGAGGAGGAGAUAGAGGUGAUGGAGGAAGAGGAAAGGGAGAUGGAGGAGGACGCGGAAGCGGGGAAGAAGCUGGAGGUCCAUGCGAGGUUCAGCGAAGAGUACUUGUGGGACCUUCUGGACUUCAGUGAUGGCGAUGAGGACGAAUCGAAAAUCUUUCGCCCCCGCUUAACCAGCAUCGUCAGCCCCAGUCUGAGCCCGACACCGCCGCUCAGCGGGACGCCGAGCCUGACGUGGAGCCAGACACCGCCGGAGCAGAGCGAGAGCACACCUUCCAGCACCUCCUCCCAGAAAACUUUUCCUAAGAUAUUUCAGACAUUUAGGAAAGACACGUCUGAUAUGAGUUUAGAUAGGGCUAUCUAUCAAAAUCUGCAUCCAAGAAUUCCAAUAUCAGUACAAACAGAAGAAAGCUGGCUACAAGAAUUGUCUGGCAUGGAGCAACUGAAGAAGGGAAUGCCCUCUGUAAAGAAGGAAGAUGAACCUGAAAAUCUAGCUUCUAAGCUGAGAGAAAAAUGGAUAAUUAAUCCAGACGAGCCGAAACUAAGUAUUUUAUGUGAGCUGGAGUUUAAGGAAGACUUCAUAACACUCUUUGAACCAUCUCUGAGAACACUACCCAGCAUCGGGCCGCCAUCCAUUCUGACAUUCAAACAGGAGAGUUCCAAUUUAGGCAUUACAUUCAAGGAAGAAGAGGAGGAGAUUUCACCCAAGUGUGAAUUCUGUGGCAGUGACCUAAGAACAUUCUUCUCCAACAUGGAUGUCUCCUCUGACUACAACACCUCUGACCUCAUAGAACAUACCUACUGUUGUAGUUAUUUCCAAAAUCUGAUUGACUACAUCUAUGAGGAAAAACAAAAAACCCAAAGCUCUAAAGCUGAAUUAAUCUGUAUUGACCCUCAUGCUGCCCAUGGCAGUGAAGUUGACAGACUCAAAGCAAAGGAAAAAGCUUUGCAGAGAAAACAGGAGCGACAAAUGGCCAAGCACUAUGAAAUAUUAACAAAAGAACAAACUAGUUUUUCUGAAGAAGAUGCAAAGCACUAUAAAACAAUUUCUUAUCAACUUUCCGUGGAUAUUCCAAAAGAAGAGUCACAUAAGGAAGAACUAGCUGAUUCUCAACUAGACAAAAAAAAUGUAUCCAUUGUUUGUUGUGAUUCCAGGAUAGCAUGUGGAAAGAUCAUGACGAAUGAGCUCUUUGAAAAGCACUACAAACAUGGGAGCAAGUUCCUGACUUCAUUUCCAGAUGGGACAACGCAAAUAUUCUAUCCAUCUGGAAACCUAGCCAUCAUCCGAGUGCCCAACAAGAUAAACGGUUUCACGUGUAUAGUCCAAGAAGAUGUGCCCACUAACCCCGCAAUCCUGGCAGUGCUAGAUUCUUCUGGAAGAAGUUCCUGCUAUCAUCCCAAUGGAAAUGUCUGGGUAUACGUCAAUAUCUUGGGUGGUCAAUAUUCAGAUCAAGCUGGCAACAGAAUAAGGGCUUGGAAUUGGUCAAGUUCCAUCACUUCCUCACCCUUUGUUUCAUUUAAACCUGUCUUUCUGGCUUUGAACCAUCAUGUUGGAAUCCGCAUCUUAGAACAAGACAAGAUUUCAAUCACUUUUCUAGCAAUGGGCCAACAGGCAAGAAUCAGUGUUGGAACCAAAGUGAAGCUGCUGAACCCUAAGGAGAUUCCAGCACUCCGAUACCUGAAUGGAGAUGACCUUCUUCUGUUGGCCAGCUUAAUAAAGAUCCGACGCCUGUUUAACAAACUGGAAGGAUGUGUGAAUUUCCCCUCCAGCCACGUUUGGGAAAAAUUAAAGCAACCUUCCUACCUGUCUUCACUUUCUCUAAAACUAAUUGCCCUUUGUCAUAAUUCUGGUAUAAAGCAAGAUAUGAUGACAAGAAUAGCAGCUAUGAUAAAAGAAAACAUUUAA